AUGGCGGGAAGCAACGAUCUAAGGAAACGCCAUUGAAACGCCGAAGAAGGGUGAGGAAGCGAGAUUUGGUAGACUGGCGUGAUGAACAAAAAUCAGUAAUGUCUUCUCAACAGUCAUGCCUCAAAUGCGCUUCAAGGCCUUGUGCAGUGGAUGAGCAUCAAUGGAGCACGUCGAGGCCUUGUUUUAGGUUUUGCAUUUUCUUAUUCGAAUUUUCUUGUCUCUUAUUUCGUUCUGAUCGUCAUGUUUUGUUUUUCGGAACAUGAGUUUGAGAACUUCAUUUGAUUUCCUUCCGAUUGUCGAGUUUUUGCAUAUGAAUUUGAAGGAUCUAUUUCUUUUUCAGUAUGCAAUCGGUUCGAUCUCGGAGCCGAUGAUUUAUGGACGCUUGUACUGCGGGUGUUUCUAUUCGAAAGGAAACGCUGAAGAACAGAGAGAGGAACCGGCAAUGUUUCUCUGGAGCCAAUCCCCAAAGGAGCUUCGAGGCCUUGUAGAAUGGAUGACUGUCGAUGAAGCCGGUCGAGUUCUUGUUUUAGGACCAGUAGCGUAUGGAUACUCGGACUGCUGUUGUUCCUAUGUCAAAGCACUUCCGUCUUUGAAUUUAGCAGACUCAAAAACAUUGAAAGAAUAGAAGACAUAGGAAUUGUUUGAAAAUUUGAAGGCUAACGAAUCAAUUGGAUGGGCUGCUGAUGUCAAAGAUCCACGCGAGCUCUCGCAUCCAAAACGCUAAAUAAGUCGGUAGUUCAGAAAUUCUUUAAUUUUGCCUUCAUACACAUCCAUUUUACUUUUAGAAUUUUGACUAUGUAGAAGAUGGAUCGUAGGCCGAAUCUUUUCUCUUGAAGAAUAUUGGUAUUAGAUCACUCCGAGUUUAAGCUUACACGUUAGGGGAAGUUUACAUUUCUUAAAUACAUUCUUAACAUUCAUUCCCUCGUGCAUUGGUUCAAAUAUUACACAAAAUAGAGAGGAAAUAAACAUGUUAGGAAUUCAUUG